UGCCCUGCUGCUUACAUUCAUGUUCCAAGAAAGGGUUUUGCUAAAAAUGGACGAUGGGCGCCAAAAUUUUCAUUUUCCCGCUCACCCCACUUUUUUUCUUACCAUUCUGCGGAUUAAAUUUGAAAUAAAAAUGCAUUAUUGAGAGACUUGAGAGGCAAACACUUGCCCAUUGCGCGAGUUUAGUCGAGAAAUGUGUGUUUCAAGUUGUCAACUCAAAUAGAUUAAAUAAAUAAUCAGCGUCUUCCUGCUCUGGUUUGAUGUAUCUUUCUUUACCCCUUGGGUUGCUUGGUUAUUUUAGUUAAUUCUAAUUCCAAAGAUUCACAAGAAACCACAGGAACACAAUAACUAAGCAAGAGAUUGUGUUCAACUGAAGAAUGGGAUCUGCAGCGCUAUUGGAUUCACCACCACCCAACGAUUCAGUGGAUAAAAAUUCUGAUUCUGAAUCAGGAAUGAAGAAGAACAAAGGAAAAACAAAAUCCUCGGUUUCUAGUGCAAUCAAGGAACUAACUAACAGAGCAAAAGUAAAGAAGCGAAAUUCCUCUCAUCGGAAGGAAGAGGCUGCUGUUUCCUGGAAAAGGCCAAAGCGAGCUGCUGCAUGCACAGAUUUUAAGGAGAAAUCUAUACGUUUAUCUGAAAAUAUUUCUGUUCUUGAAUCAAAGAAUGAUCAAUUUGCAGAUGAAGAGAUUAUAGCUAUUCACCUUACACAUGAACAAGAAGAAGGUCGUCCAAAUAGGAGACUAACUGAUUUUGUUGUGCAUGAUGCAAAUGGCACCCCACAGCCCCUUGAGAUGAUUGAAGUUGAUGAUAUGUUUAUAUCUGGUCUUAUAUUACCUCUUGAAGAGGGUCCUGAGAGGGAAAAGGAAAAACGUGUUAGGUGUGAAGGCUUUGGAAGGAUAGAAGGGUGGAACAUUUCUGGUUAUGAAGAUGGCUCUCCAGUUGUAUGGCUUACGACAGAUAUUGCUGAUUAUGAUUGCCUAAAACCUGCAAGCAGCUACAAAAAGUUCUAUGACCAUUUCUUUGAAAAGGCUCAUGUUUGUAUAGAGGUGUACAAAAAACUGUCAAAAUCAUCUGGAGGGAAUCCUGACCUCACUAUUGAUGAGUUGCUUGCAGGGGUUGUUCGAUCAAUGAUUGGGAGCAAGUGUUUCUCAGGUGCAGCAUCUAUCAAGGAUUUUGUCAUUUCUCAGGGUGAAUUCAUUUAUAACCAACUAAUAGGAUUGGAUGACACCUCAAAGAAGAAUGACCAGAAAUUUGCAGGCUUGCCUGUUCUUCUUGCCUUGAAAGGCAAGAGUCGCAAGCACGGAAACUUUGUACUGGCAAAAGCGGCAAGCUCUGGUGGGAAUUUGAUGAUAUGCCCAAAAGUUGGAGACACAGAAUCAAAUGUGUUACUGUCUAAUUCAUCCUUCAGUGGAGCUGAGGCGGAUGAAGAUGCAAAAUUGGCAAGACUUUUGCAAGAAGAAGAGUAUUGGCAAUCCACAAAGAAGCAAAAGAAAAAUCAGGGUUCAGCUUCAUCAACAAAUACAAUCUACAUAAAAAUAAAUGAAGAUGAGAUUGCUAAUGACUACCCUUUGCCUGCGUUUUACAAACAUUCUGAUGAAGAAAUUGAUGAAUAUGUGGCUAUUGGCAGUGAUGAGCACAUCAUGGUUGACCCUGAUGAUCUUCCUAAAAGAAUGCUCCAUAAUUGGUCACUUUAUAACUCCGAUUCAAGGUUGAUUUCCUUGGAGCUUCUUCCUAUGAAACCUUGCGAGGAUAUAGAUGUCACCAUAUUUGGGUCAGGAAGGAUGACUGAAGAUGAUGGAAGUGGAUUCUGCCUUGAUAAUGGUCCUGAUCAGUCUUCCUCAGGGUGUUCAGGAGCACAGGAUGAUGUUGGCUUGCCAAUCUUUUUGAGUGCAAUAAAGGAGUGGAUGAUUGAAUUUGGGUCUUCAAUGGUUUUCAUAUCUAUCCGCACGGACAUGGCCUGGUAUAGACUUGGAAGGCCAUCAAAGCAAUAUUUUCCAUGGUAUAAACCAGUUCUGAAAACAGCCAAACUUGCGAGAAGCAUCAUUACAUUGUUGAAAGAGCAAAGCCGAGUGUCCCGGCUUUCUUUUGCAGAUGUAAUCAGGAAAGUAUCUGAGUUCAAAAAAGAUGAUCACGGUUACAUUUCUCAUGACCCGGCAACUGUUGAGAGAUAUGUGGUUGUGCAUGGGCAGAUAAUACUACAGCUCUUUGCUGAAUUUCCUGAUGAAAAGAUAAAGAAAUGUGCAUUUGUUGUUGGUCUUACAAGUAAGAUGGAGGAUAGACACCAUACCAAAUGGGUGGUGAACAAAAAACAAAUUAUGCAGAAGAUUCAACCCAAUUUAAAUCCGCGAGCAGCAAUGGGCUGUACAGGCCCUGUGCUUUCCAAGAGGAAGGUCAUGCAGGCAACAACAACAAGGUUGAUUAACAGAAUCUGGGGCGAGUACUACUCUAAUUACUCCCCAGAGGAUCUGAAAGAGGAGACCAAUUGUGAAGCAAAAGAGGAGGAUUGCAUUGAGGAUCAAGAGGAAAAUGAAGAUGAUGCUGAAGAGGGGAAUCCAUUAAUUUCAGGGAAUACACAAAAGCCUUGCUUGGCGUCAUCAUGGACCAAAUCAAACUAUUCAAGGGAUGAAGUACAAUGGGAUGGGAAUCCUGUAGGUGUAACAUAUUCUGGUGAAGCUAUUUAUAAGUGCGCAGUUGUUCAUGGAGAGAUGAUUGCUGUGGGGGGUGCUGUUUUAGUGGAUGUUAAUGAAUCAAAUGAAUUUCCUGAAAUCUAUUUUGUAGAGUACAUGUUUGAAGCUUUGGAUGGAAGCAAAAUUUUUCAUGGGAGAAUGAUGCAGCAGGGAUCCCAGACAGUUCUUGGCAAUGCAGCCAAUGAGAGGGAGGUUUUCUUAAGAAAUGAGUGUGCAAAUUAUGACUUGCAGGAUGUCAAACAGGCAAUUGCAGUGGAAGUUCGGAAAAUGCCUUGGGGACAUCAUCACAGGAAAGAUAAUGACAAUGCUGAUAAAAUUGAUAGAGCAAGAGCAGAAGAGAGGAAAAGGAAAGGAUUGCCACCAGAGUAUUACUGCAAAAGUUUGUAUUGGCCUGAGAGAGGUGCAUUUUUCAGUCUCCCGCUUGAUACAAUGGGUCUUGGGUCUGGUGUCUGCCAUUCUUGCAAAAUAAAAGAAGUUGAAACGGAGAAGGACGUUUUCAAAGUGAACUCUUCUAGGACUGGAUUUGUAUAUCUUGGGACUGAGUAUUCUGUUCAUGAUUUUGUCUAUGUAAGUCCAAAUCAUUUUUCUAUUGAAAGGGAGACUGAAACUUUUAAGGGUGGAAGGAACGUAGGGCUGAAGGCUUAUGUUGUGUGCCAGUUGCUGGAGAUCAUUGUCCAAAAGGAACUGCAACAAGCUGAAGCAAGAUCCACCAGGGUUAAGGUCCAAAGGUUUUUCAGACCAGAGGACAUCUCAUCUCAGAAGGCAUAUUGUUCGGACAUUCGCGAGAUAUAUUACAGCGAAGAUAUGCAUCUUUUACCUGCUGAGGCUAUUGAAGGGAAAUGUGAAGUCAGAAAGAAAAGUGAUAUUCCUACCUGUAGUGCUGCUGCAACGUUUGAUCACAUCUUCUUUUGUGAGCAUCUUUAUGAUCCUUCCAGAGGGUCCCUAAAACAGUUACCAGCUAACAUCAGAUUGAGGUACUCAACUGGGAGUGGGGAAAGUGAUGCUGCAUCUAGGAAGAGGAAGGGUAAGUGCAAAGAGGGAGAGGAUGAAGGUGAAAGAGAAAGAGAAGCAUCUCAAGAGAGAAGGUUGGCCACAUUGGAUAUUUUUUCUGGUUGUGGUGGCUUAUCAGAGGGAUUGCAGCAAGCUGGUGUCUCAUCAACCAAGUGGGCUAUUGAAUAUGAAGAGCCUGCUGGAGAAGCAUUUAAGCUCAAUCAUCCAGCGUCAUUAGUUUUUAUUAAUAACUGCAAUGUGAUCCUUAGGGCUGUAAUGGAGAAGUGUGGGGAUGCAGAUGAAUGCAUCUCAACUGGUGAGGCCAUAGAAUUGGCUGCAUCACUUGAUGAAAAAAUAAUCAAAGAUUUGCCAUUACCAGGGCAGGUUGAUUUCAUCAAUGGAGGACCUCCAUGUCAAGGUUUCUCAGGAAUGAAUAGGUUUAGUCAAAGCACUUGGAGUAAAGUUCAAUGUGAGAUGAUUUUAGCAUUCUUAUCCUUUGUUGACUACUUCCGACCGAAGUACUUCCUCCUGGAGAAUGUGAGGAACUUCGUGUCUUUCAAUAAAGGACAAACUUUCCGUUUAACUUUGGCUUCACUCCUCGAGAUGGGAUAUCAGGUGAGGUUUGGUAUACUGGAAGCUGGAGCAUAUGGAGUUUCGCAAUCACGAAAAAGAGCAUUCAUAUGGGCAGCCUCCCCUGAUGAGAUUCUUCCAGAGUGGCCAGAACCAAUGCAUGUAUUUGCUGCCCCAGAGUUGAAAAUCAUGUUGUCAGAAAAUUCACAAUAUGCUGCUGUUAGAAGUACUGCUAAUGGUGCCCCUUUCCGUGCAAUAACUGUCAGAGAUACUAUUGGUGAUCUCCCAGCUGUAGAAAAUGGUGCCUCUAAGACAAAUAUGGAGUAUAAAAAUGAUCCUGUGUCAUGGUUCCAAAAGAAAAUUCGAGGGGAUACAACUGUUUUGACGGACCAUAUAUCCAAAGAAAUGAAUGAGCUGAAUCUCAUUAGGUGUCAGAGGAUCCCAAAACGUCCAGGUGCUGAUUGGCGUGACCUUCCAGAUGAAAAGGUUAAAUUAUCUACUGGACAAGUGGUUGAUUUGAUUCCGUGGUGCCUACCAAACACAGCUAAACGGCACAAUCAGUGGAAGGGGCUUUUUGGGAGGUUGGAUUGGGAAGGGAACUUUCCAACUUCAAUAACAGAUCCUCAACCGAUGGGUAAGGUGGGGAUGUGUUUUCAUCCUGAACAGGACAGAAUUCUUACAGUUCGUGAAUGUGCCCGAUCUCAAGGAUUUUCAGAUGGCUACAAGUUUGUUGGUAACGUCCAACACAGGCACCGGCAAAUUGGAAAUGCUGUUCCUCCCCCGUUGGCAUAUGCACUUGGGAUCAAACUCAAGGAGGCAAUAGUCAAUAAAGGUGUCCGUGGGUUGGGUCAAUUGUAAUAUUUUUGGUGUUUAGUUCAUAAAAUUAAUUACAAUUUUUUAUUUGUUUCUAUUGUUUAGAAUUGUAAUAUCUCAAUUUAAUUAUUUUAUUUUUAUUUAACCUUUUUCAUUGAA